AUGGAGUCCCCUCCAGAUCCAGCAAGCGACCCGGGCAACAGCGCCUCCGAGCCGGCUACUCCGGCCAGGGAAACCCCGGUAAACCUGGAGACGCUCCGAAAAGCGGACCAUCCAGCCCCUGUUCGAAGGCAGACCUGUUCAAGCACCAACAGAGGUAUUUCAGUAACAAAGAAGACACAUACCUCUCAAAUCGAAAUAAUUCCCUGCAAGAUCUGUGGAGACAAAUCAUCAGGCAUCCAUUACGGUGUGAUAACAUGUGAAGGCUGUAAGGGCUUCUUCAGGAGGAGUCAACAGAGCAAUGCGGCCUACUCAUGCCCCCGUCAGAAGAACUGCCUGAUCGACCGCACCAGCCGCAACCGCUGCCAGCACUGCCGGCUGCAGAAGUGUCUGGCAGUGGGCAUGUCACGGGACGCGGUAAAGUUUGGGCGCAUGUCGAAGAAGCAGCGGGACAGCCUGUAUGCGGAGGUGCAGAAACACCGGCUGCAGCAGGCGCAGCGUGACCACCAGCAGCAGCCCGGUGAGGCAGAGCCACUCACGCCUACCUACGGCCUCUCGGCCAAUGGCCUCACAGAGCUCCACGAUGACCUCAGUGGCUAUAUGGACAGCCACACCCCCGAUGGCAGCAAGCCCGACUCAGCAGUCAGCAGCUUCUACCUGGACAUCCAGCCCUCCCCUGACCAGUCCGGCCUGGACAUCAAUGGCAUCAAGCCUGAGCCCAUCUGCGACUUCGCCCCCGGCUCAGGCUUCUUCCCCUACUGCUCCUUUACCAACGGAGAGACAUCCCCCACCGUGUCCAUGGCUGAGCUAGAGCACCUGGGCCAGAACAUCUCCAAGUCCCACCAGGAGACGUGUCAGUACCUGAGGGAGGAGCUACAGAGCAUGACCUGGCAGGCCUUCCUCCAGGAGGAGAUAGAGACCUACCAGACGAAGCCCCGGGAGGUCAUGUGGCAGCUGUGUGCUAUCAAAAUCACAGAGGCCAUCCAGUACGUGGUGGAGUUUGCCAAGCGCAUCGAUGGCUUCAUGGAGCUGUGUCAGAACGAUCAGAUAGUGCUUCUGAAAGCAGGCUCUUUGGAGGUUGUGUUUGUGAGAAUGUGCCGUGCCUUCGACUCUCAAAACAACACAGUCUAUUUCGAUGGAAAGUAUGCUGGGCCCGAUGUGUUUAAGUCAUUAGGCUGUGACGACUUGAUCAGCUCCGUCUUCGAGUUUGGGAAGAACUUGUGUUCUAUGCACCUGUCUGAGGAUGAGAUCGCCCUGUUCUCCGCGUUCGUGUUGAUGUCUGCAGACCGGUCCUGGCUCCAGGAGAAGGUGAAGGUGGAGAAACUCCAGCAGAAGAUCCAGCUGGCACUGCAGCAUGUCCUGCAGAAGAACCACAGAGAGGAUGGCAUACUCACCAAGUUGAUAUGCAAAGUGUCAACACUGCGAGCGCUGUGCAGCAGGCAUACAGAGAAGCUGACGGCUUUCAAAGCAAUAUACCCAGACAUUGUGCGUUCCCACUUUCCCCCGUUAUACAAGGAGCUCUUCGGAUCGGACUUUGAGCAGUCCAUGCCCAUUGACGGGUAGCCAGUAGCCUUGCCAGGUGCUAGUGUGGCCACGCGGGGAAUGUCAUAGGGAGCAUGAAUCUGAGACACUUUAACGGUGCCCUGCACAAACCAGGACGGACGGCACGCUGCACACUUUUCUUUAUUUUUCUUUCUUGAGGGGAGGGUUGGGGGGGGGUUUGAUUCUGUCUGUUU